AUGUCAUCGGGAAGUGUAGUCAGUAGUGCUCGGGCUAAUACGGAACUUCUCAAUGCACAGUGGGAUCGCGCCAUCUCCUCCCUCAUUAUCCGCUCUUCCCUCGGUCUCUCCUUCGGUGUUGUCUUCUCCGUGCUCCUCUUCAAGCGGAGAGCUUGGCCCGCGUGGGUUGGUCUCGGCUUCGGUGCCGGACGUGCUUGGGAGGAAGCUGACGGUACGUUCAUGCAACUGCAUCCAAGAUCCCUUUUCUCGCACUACGGGAAGGAAUUGUCCUAG